AUGCUGCGAACUUGGCAACUUGUGCAACAUGCUAUCGACGCAGCUAUGGGUCUUGGGCCGAGGUUUCCACCUUUAGCGCCUGCUGUGGCAAUGGCUGGAUGUCCUUCCACUGUAAAUACUCACGGUGGUUCGUAUGGAAUAGAGGAGAUGAUCCACGACAUGCGAAUUCUUCUAGGAGUGCCUAAACAUCGGACUUCUAAGCCGAAGAAAACAACGCGGAAAUUCUCGUGGACUCGACUUCUAACACCUACAACGGAUUUGGUGACAUGUCGAAAUUGUGGUUCGUUUCAUCAAGCCGAUACCAUAUGCGGAAAAUGCUAUGAGAAGGUUCAUGAAUUGACAAAUGAGAUCAAGCGGAAGAUGAUGGCGUACAAUCCUUUCAAAGGCGAACGGCAAGACAAAGAGGUCUUCGUGCGAUUUUCAAACGAUACAGUGGAUAAUGGCGUACUAAACGGAAAAAGAAUAAUUGAAAUGGAAAAGGAGCGACCGACAUGGUUCAAGAAGCUCUUUUAG